ACCGUCCUAACAUCACUUCUUCCAUCAUACACAUGGCAGAACAGACUAAUAUACCUUAUACGCUCCAACUCAGCACCAAGAUAUGCGAUUGUCUGCCACGCGAACUUCGCGACCGAGUAUACUCGCUCCUAGACCUUGACAAGGAGACCAAACAGUCUAAACCCAUUGACAAAUUCGUCAGUGACCAGUUUUGCGAACAAUUCUCUCGAGAAUGCCUACUUUGGUACUACGAGAACGUGCCGCAAAUGCUAUAUCGGCCAUUCUAUUACCAGGACAUCGAAAAAUUCAUGCAUCUCUAUCCCAAAGUUAAGAAGAUCCCAGGUUUGACCAUCGUCUUGGAAGCAAGCCAACCAGACUUCGAAUUUGAGGAUAUCACAACACUGAUGGACAAAUUCAAGGCUACUGGAUACUUUGAAAACCUCAACAGAGACUUCAAAGUUCGGGUUUACAUUGAUCUAGCACAUCAUGCCAUGUGGCGUACGAUGAACCCAAAUGUUGAGCAAGCCAUCAUAGUUUCUCAACGCAUCCUCGAGUAUUUCAGAACGCGCACCGAGGACACUUUAUGUUUCCUACGGUUAAAAGAAGCUGAGGAACAUGAGGUUAGAGAAGUGGGAUUAGACAUCACAGAGAUCAUGAAGGAGGAGCCAAUGAGCGAAAUAUUAGAAAGAUUUGGGAUCCUUGUCGUCGUGGGAAUGGAAGUUUCGCCUCCAAGAUGGAUUGAACAGCCUUUCAGGAUGUCUAUGAGGAAGAAAAAGCUGCUAGAACUAAUCUAGUCUUCAUAUUUAUACUUAUUGCGAAGCAGCUUUUUUUAGUACUGCGUAUCGCAACGGGACGUCGAGUUAGCAUGUGUCACGCUGCUUACUAGUCGGCGUAUGAAUGCGAGGUGAUUUUUGUGUCUUUUUGCGAGUUCCACUCUUAUUCAGCGAACAUAUUAGUUUACAACGCGUUAAAUGCGAGAUAAAUGUAGGAAAGAAGUGGCUAUAGGAGAUUUACAAGUAAAAUGCCGAUAAUAUACUAUAUAUUUAUAGUUAAGAGGUUGUUGCCUGUUACGAUACUAACGCCAACUUUAAGUAGCCCAUAAGGAUCUUUUAGCAUA